UGCCGGAGUCUAGCAAAUAAAAGCUAUGGAAUGAAAAGAAAAUCACCACUUCAAAACUUGCAUCUUGUUUCCCGAAGUAUACAUCAUCCUUGCUAUCCAAGUGCAAAAUUUCAAAGACCUCCAUUAAGGAUAUCUGUUCAGCUGUUCUCUUCUCUUAAUCGUCUUCCCCUACGCAAAACAAAACUUUUAAAUGUAAAAUAUGGAUACCAGUUCCACAGGAACUUUUGGCUAGCUCGACUAGCGUCAAGGCUUCUCAGACUUCGCUAUCUUAUAUUAGGAUCUGCUGUAGGUGGUGGUUAUACAGCUAAGAAGACAUAUGAUCAGUGGAAGGACAUGAUGCCAGAUCUCGAUGAAUAUAAGUGGAUUAUUCCUGACUUCGUCUGGGAGCUUGAUGAACAUAUUGACUUCGAAAAACUUAUCAAAGCCCUUCCUGAUACAGAGGACCUUGCCAAACUUCUGCCUGACUUUGACAAGAUUGGAGAGAGCUUCACUUCACUGAAAGGAUUUUUUUCUCCUGGUUACAAUUUGGUUAGUGAAGUCAUAGGAGCUUCUGAUCUACUUCUGUUGUUAGGCUCUCCAGGAGAAACAGCGUUCAGAGCUACUGACCAGGGAUAUGACAAUGACAAACAGUACAAGAAGGGCCUGCUUGGUGAACUCAUUCUGUUACAACAACAAAUCCAGCAGCACGAAGAGGAAGCACGCAGAGCCGCUGACCAAUAUAACAUGGGCUCUUCCCAACAGAAGCGAAAGGUUUCUGACAAAGAGAAGAUUGAUCAGCUUCAAGAAGAACUUUUACGCACUCAGCUCAAAUACCAAAGAAUGCUUGAGCGAUUAGAGAAGGAGAACAAAGAAUUAAGAAAAUUGGUACUACAAAGAGAUGACAAAGGAAUUCAUCAAAGGAAGUUAAAGAAAUCCUUGAUUGAUAUGUAUUCUGAAGUACUUGACAUCCUGUCUGAUUAUGAUGCCAGUUAUAACACUCAAGAUCACCUACCUCGAGUGGUGGUGGUUGGAGAUCAAAGUGCAGGAAAAACCAGUGUGUUAGAAAUGAUCGCCCAAGCCCGCAUAUUCCCUCGAGGGUCUGGGGAGAUGAUGACGCGUUCCCCUGUUAAGGUAACCCUUAGUGAAGGUCCCCACCAUGUGGCUUUAUUCAAAGACAGCUCUCGGGAGUUUGAUCUGACCAAGGAAGAGGACCUUGCAGCUUUGAGAAAUGAAAUAGAAAUCAGAAUGAGAAAUAGUGUGAAGGAAGGGUGCACUGUUAGCACUGAGACCAUUUCCUUAAGCGUGAAAGGUCCUGGUUUGCAGAGAAUGGUAUUGGUUGAUUUACCUGGAGUUAUUAGUACUGUGACAUCAGGUAUGGCUCCAGAUACGAAGGAAACUAUCUUUAGCAUCAGCAAGGCCUACAUGCAGAAUCCUAAUGCCAUCAUUCUUUGUAUUCAAGAUGGAUCAGUGGAUGCUGAACGCAGUAUUGUCACAGACUUAGUCAGUCAAAUGGAUCCCCAAGGAAAAAGGACCAUUUUUGUAUUGACUAAAGUUGAUCUUGCUGAGAAAAACGUGGCUAGCCCAAGUAGGAUCCAGCAAAUAAUUGAAGGCAAACUCUUCCCAAUGAAAGCUUUGGGUUAUUUUGCAGUUGUUACUGGAAAAGGAAACAGCAGUGAAAGCAUUGAAUCUAUUAAAGAAUAUGAAGAGGAAUUUUUUCAAAAUUCAAAGCUGUUGAAAACAUGUAUGCUGAAGGCACACCAGGUUACAACAAAGAACUUAAGUCUUGCUGUGUCUGAUUGCUUUUGGAAAAUGGUGAGAGAGUCUGUGGAGCAGCAAGCAGAUGCUUUUAAAGCCACACGUUUCAAUCUUGAGACUGAAUGGAAGAACAAUUACCCCCGGCUGCGAGAGCUUGACAGGAAUGAACUGUUUGAAAAAGCAAAGAAUGAGAUUCUUGAUGAAGUCAUAAGUUUGACUCAAGUCACACCAAAGCACUGGGAGGAGAUUCUUCAGAAAACUUUAUGGGAAAGGGUAUCUACUCAUGUGAUUGAGAAUAUCUACCUUCCAGCAGCACAGACUACGAACUCCGGGACCUUUAACACUACUGUGGACAUCAAACUGAAGCAGUGGACUGACAAGCAACUGCCUAAUAAAGCAGUAGAGGUGGCAUGGGAGACUUUGCAAGAAGAAUUUUCCCGUUUCAUGACAGAACAAAAAGGAAAAGAGCAUGAUGAUAUUUUUGAUAAACUGAAACAAGCUGUUAAAGAAGAAAGUAUUAAACGACAUAAGUGGAAUGAGAGAGCAGAGGAUAGCCUGCGAGUGAUCCAGCACAAUGCCUUAGAAGAUCGGUCAAUAUCUGAUAAGCAGCAAUGGGAUGCAGCCAUUCAUUUUAUGGAAGAGACGCUCCAAAGUCGUCUCAAAGACACUGAAUCUGUUAUUGAAGAUAUGGUGGGUCCAGACUGGAAAAAAAGAUGGUUGUACUGGAUAGGCCGCACCAAAGAACAGAAUAUUCGUAACGAAACAAAAAAUGAACUUGAGAAAUUAAUCAAAUGCAAUGAAGACCAUGCAGCUUAUCUGGCAAAUGAUGAAGUGACGACUGUCAGAAAGAAUCUUGAAGCCAGAGGAAUAACAGUGGACCCAUGUCUGAUUAAAGACACAUGGCACCAAAUUUAUAGAAGAUAUUUCCUGAAGACUGCUUUGAACCACUGCAAUCUAUGUCGAAGAGGCUUCUAUUAUUAUCAGAGGCAUUUUGUGGACUCAGAGCUCGAAUGUAAUGAUAUUGUCCUCUUCUGGCGAAUACAGCGAAUGCUGGCAAUUACAGCAAAUACACUGAGGCAGCAGCUUACUAACACUGAAGUAAGGCGCUUGGAGAAAAAUGUAAAGGAAGUGCUUGAAGAUUUUGCUGAGGACAAUGAAAAAAAGGUGAAGCUCCUAACUGGCAAGAGGGUCCAGCUUGCAGAGGAUCUCAAAAAAGUUCGGGAAAUCCAGGAAAAACUUGAAGCCUUCAUAGAAGCCCUCCAUCAAGAAAAGUAG